GAUGAAGUUCACAACCACGUUGGGAAGACUAUCCAUCUUCGUGCCCGGAUACAUAAAUCUCGUGCAUCCGGAAAACAAUGUUUUAUUAUUCUAAGGCAAAAGUUUGAGACUAUUCAACUUUUUGUCGGCGUGAGUAGCGAAGUGAGUCCGGCUAUGGUAUCCUUUUGCUCCGCGCUUCCUCGAGAAACUUUGCUAAGCAUUGAAGCUGAAGUUGUAGGUCUUUCGCAAUUCGUUGAGGACACCACUGUUAACAGUGUGGAGCUGAAGGCCAGAAAAGUAUUUGUACUUAGCAGGUCGAUCACUCCUCCCUUUUCUGUUGAAGAUGCUUCCGUCUCAAAUGCCAAAUUAGAAGAGCAGCCCUUCUACCACCCGAUACACCAGGACGUUCGUUUGGACAAUCGUAUUAUUGACUUGCGCACCCCAACAAACUUGGCUAUAUUCAGACUUCAAAGUUCUGUUUGCACUCUUUUUAGAGAGUUUCUUCUUAGCAAAGGAUUUACUGAAAUUCAUUCUCCUAAAAUUAUUAGCUCUGCUUCUGAAGGAGGCGCCAAUGUUUUCAAGUUGGAUUAUUUCAAAGGUAGCGCCUUUCUAGCGCAGUCCCCCCAGCUUUAUAAGCAGAUGGCCAUUUGUGCAGACUUUGAGAGAGUUUUUGAAAUAGGUCCAGUUUUUCGAGCCGAAGACUCUAAUACUCAUCGCCACUUGACAGAAUUUACUGGACUUGACUUGGAAAUGGAAAUAAAAGAACAUUAUCACGAAGUUAUUAACCUUUUGGGAGAGUUAUUUAUAUGUAUAUUUCGAGGCCUUGAAGAGCGUAACGAAAAAGAGUUGAAAAUAAUAUCUUAUCAAUUCCCUUUUGAGCCUCUUAAGUAUCGCAAUCCUCCUCUUAUCUUGAACUUUUCAGAAGGAGUUCAAAUGCUGAACGAAGCAGGAUACCCUAUGGACCCUUUUUCAGAUUUAUCAACUGCUCAUGAAAAAAUUUUAGGGAAACUCGUGAAAGAUAAAUAUCAAACGGAUUUUUAUAUUCUUGACAAGUACCCUCUCGCUGCCCGUCCCUUUUACACGAUGCCUUGCCCGACCGAUCCUAAAUAUAGCAACUCCUACGAUAUGAUGAUUCGAGGCGAAGAAGUGCUUUCCGGUGCGCAGCGAAUCCACGAUUCCGAAUUACUAACGGAAAGAGCUAAGCUUCACGAGAUUGAUAUUUCAAAAAUUAAUAGUUAUAUAGACUCAUUUAAGUACGGCUGCCCUCCUCAUGGCGGCGGCGGAAUUGGCCUUGAAAGAGUUUUGAUGCUUUAUUUGGGUUUAAACAAUAUUCGGAAAACUUCACUUUUUCCCCGAGAUCCAAAAAGAGUUACUCCUUGA